GUUCUCACUGAUGUGAUUAACGCCAUAAGCACGGCGAGCUGCGUCAGCUCUCUGAUUCGGGAUUGACAACAAUAACAGAGGAGACGGACACCGGUUUAGGAUGAAGACAUAGCGGCGAUUAGCUGUGAGUUAGAGACACCUCGACGACAACAAUCUCCGUUUCUCGGCAACUGCUUUCCCGCUAGCUGCCGUUGCGAGAUUAAAAAAAACAAACACAAAAUGGGGCGGAUCUUCUUGGAUCACAUUGGUGGGACUCGCCUCUUCGCUUGUGCAAACUGUGACACCAUUCUGACCAACCGAGCUGAACUCAUCUCCACGCGCUUCACUGGGGCCACCGGAAGAGCUUUCCUGUUCAACAAGGUUGUGAAUCUGCAGCACAGCGAGGUGCAAGACAGAGUCAUGCUGACAGGAAGACACAUGGUGAGGGACGUCAGCUGCAAGAACUGCAACAGCAAGCUGGGCUGGGUGUAUGAGUUUGCCACCGAGGAAAGCCAGCGCUACAAGGAGGGACGGGUCAUUCUGGAGAGGACGCUGGUGAGGGAGAGCGAAGGCUUCGAGCACAAUCUCUCCGACGACUCCUGAGUUCACUCUUGUUGCAGUUACAACGCUCAAUACGGGCACGUUCCAGCUUUUCCCUCCGGCAGCAGUGCAUGGAUUUGAUGGACACUGUACCAUUUGGGAGCUAGACCAAAACAAUAUCCCAGGGUCUUUUGUAGGCAGUUUAAAUGCAAAAGUGGUCUUUAUUUUUCCACUUUUAACAUCUAAGAAUGUCUUCUAUGAUGGGUAAUGCCAUUCCUUCUCUAGCAUUUAAAAUCGCCUGCAGUUUAAAUGUGUUCAAUGUUGUGGAGUUUUGGCUGCUGUCAGAGGGAGAGGACUUGCUCAUGCUGCCCUGCAAGGUCAGAGAGAUUGUGAUGUUGAACAUGAACUAUGUUCUUCACAGAAGAUUUUGUCACAAAGCAGUAUGCUGCAAUAUAUUUCUUUACCGACGUGUGUUCAAUUUGACGGUCAGAAAUUCUUUAUUUUAUAUGAAUAUUAAGUAACUUUUCUUUAUUGGCUGUAUUUCCUAAAAAUAAUCCAUGGCGAUCAUAUUGUUGUUUUCCAUUGUAGAGGUCAGAUAUCCCAACUAUAUUUUAUGUUAUGAUAAAGUCAAACCAGUUUUUUUACAGUGGUGGAACAUUGCAUUUCAAUACACUCUUACUGCAAGCCUGAUUUCAGUGAUUUCUUGCAUAGAAUUAAAAUCUCUAGUAGCAAUUGGCAUAUUACUUAAAUAAAACUGUUUUUUCAUUGUCAAAAAUAAAUACAUUAACAAAUGUAUUCAUUAA